GGUCACUGUGUAACAUUGCGUUGCGUAAGUAGCGUUUAAGUUUGCAGUCUUGAUUGUGUGGGGAGACUUUCUCGUCUUCUUCGUCGUUGCUCUUGUCUAUCUCUAUCGACAUACACCCAGAUAGUACCGCAACAAUGCGCUCCUCCACCCCCAUCGCAGCGUUCGCGCUCGCCCUCCUCCAAGGCACCACCACUGCCCUAAACCAAGGCAUCCACCGCAACCUCGCCCUAAUGGCAGACAUGGGCCUCAACCCCGACGGCACCCCCUUCCACACCCCCUCCUCCUCCUCCUCCUCAUCCGCACACCUCUCCUCCCUCCGCAUCGGCACCACAUCCCCCCUCCCCCUCGCCAUCAACACAACCGAGAUCAUAACCCCCGAAUACGUCGAGCUCCCCGUCAACCACUUCUCGAAAAUGGGCCCCGCGGGCUCCGCGGGUCCCAGCACGUUCCACAACCGCUUCUGGGUGUCUGAGCGCGCGUAUCGGCCUGGCGGACCGGUUUUUAUAUAUGAUGUGGGUGAGGCGAAUGCAGAGGGGAAUGCGCUUUUCAGGCUGCAGAAUGAGACGAGUUUUUUUAGGCAGAUUGUGGAGCAGUUUGGCGGGAUUGGCGUGGUUUGGGAACAUCGGUUUUAUGGAAACUCUACGCCCGUUCCUAUCGAUCUUGAUACGCCGGCAGAGGCUUUCAAGUACCUCACCACCGAGCAAUCCCUCGCGGACGUCGACACUUUCGCCAGGCAGUUCAAGCGCAAGAACAUCAACGCCACGCUCACACCUGAAAGUACGCCUUUUAUAUUUAUUGGGGGUAGCUAUCCCGCAAUGAGGGCUGCCUUCAUGCGCGAGAAGUACCCAGACACGAUCUACGCCAGCUACGCGUCCUCGGCCCCCGUCCAAGCCAGCGUAGACAUGUCGUUUUACUUCGACCCCGUGGUGCGCGGCCUCGAGCACUACGGCUUCGGCAACUGCUCUGCCGACAUCAAGGCCGCGAUCAAGUACAUGGACAAGGUCAUGGAUGGGUCGCGUUCCGGGGCUGCGGACCUCAAGACGCGUUUCCUCGGAAAGGGCGCGGAUGCGAAUUCUCAUGCCACGUUCGCUGAUGCACUUACCACGCCGUUCUACCUCUGGCAGUCGUAUGGUGUCGAGGGUGGACAGCUGGGUCUGCGCCGCUUCUGCGACUUCAUCGAGACGGAUCCUGCAUCCAACACGACGGCGCCGGCGGAGGGAUGGGCAAAGCCCAAGGGUGCGAAGUUUACGGUUGAUCGCUGGGCCAGUAUGCCGUGGUUCGCGGGCAUGGUGAACGCAUAUAUGGAGACGGACUGCUCGGGCAAGGCGAACGUGACGGGUGAUUGCGAUCUGAACCGCCGCUUCACCGACCCGGCGAGCAUCUCCUGGACGUGGCAGUACUGCACACAGUGGGGCUUCUUCCAAUCCGCCAACCUCGGCCCCAACCAAGUCGUCUCCAAGUACAACUCCCUCACCCACCAGCGCGACAUCUGCCACCGCCAGUUCCCGAAUGCAACACGCUCCCUCCUCCCCGAAUGGCCCAACACGGCGCGCACCAACGCCGUGCUCGGCGGCUGGAACAUCCGGCCGUCCAACACAUACUGGAGCGGCGGCGAGUUCGACCCCUGGCGCACACUGUCACCGCUGAGCGCCGAGAUCUUCGCGCCCAAGGUGCACGAGUUCACCGAGCCGCCCAAGUGCGGGCAGGGCCAGCGCAGACAGGAUAUCUUCGGAUAUGUCAUGGCCGAUGCGCAGCAUUGCUAUGAUUUCAGGACGACGUUUGCGGGUGGCGCGGUGAGUCGCGGGUACUUUACCCGCGCGUUGACGGGGUGGUUGGGAUGCUUUACUUCGAAGGGCAAGGGGCGGAGGUGGGAUGCGUAGACGUGGUGUAGGUGUCUGAGGUGUGGGAUGUUAGGCGGCGAAGUUGAUGAAUUGCAACGUUAAUGUCAUUGCGAUAUCGUGUACUGAGGUGUCUUGGGAGUGGUUUUCCAAGUCCAAUGUGUUUCGGGGGUGUUUGCUGAUUUUCCGCCGUGUGAGGGGUUUCCAUGGGAGGCUUGCGCUUAGCACAGCUGGUAUAGCGUCUGUUGUGAAGGAUGGUCCGGGGGAUAAAGUUCCCGAGUUGAU